UAGCCCUACCUUAGAAUAUUGUAUACACGGCGGCUGCACCUGCACUAGUUCUAGAAAGUACAAGAAAGAUAAGUUUACUUAUAAUUCGCCGAAACAUAACCUAAAUCAAAUUAUAUUACAAUGGCAAAUGUGUUUGGAUUAAUAGUGUCUGGCCGAUUGGUCCAAACAGACUUCACACCGGUCUCCGACACACAGUUCCUUAUCACAAUACCUGAGGCGGACUCCAUAAACUAUCUAGUCGUGUUCCUCACCGGCAUAGCUCCGCUGCCUGAAGGCACCUGCGGCAUAGUCUACUGGAGCUGGCCGGACCCCUCGGCGCCUCCCAACUGGCAGCUGCUAGGACACAUUUCCAACUCCAAGCCGUCGGCAAUAUUUAAGAUUUCGAAUUUGAAGAAGCUGCAUGAACUAUCUAGUGAUAACCAGUUCGGCACCGCGUUCGGCGCGCCCAAGAUCUGUCACAACGCGCAGAUCGGUGUCGCCAUCGAGCCAGAGGCAAAUGUGUCGCUGCUAGCUGCCUCUGUCGCACAACAAAACUCCUACGUCACCUUCGCUCAAAAGAUGCUAGAGAAUCUUAUAAACUUCGUUGCCUCGUUCGCCGUCACCCAGGAGCAGAUGAGCCCGACCCCUGGCGUCUCCUACAUCCCGCUGAGCACGCUGCAGACCUGGUACCAGAACUUCGAGAGGCGGCUGCAGCAGAACCCCAACUUUUGGAAGAACUAGUCCUGCUGAUGAUUGAGCUGCGUCCCUACCACCUAAACUAAAAUACGCAAAAUAUGUGAUGCGAUACCCUUCCAGCAACGCGGGCUCCCUACUACAAGUAGGAAAGGAGAGGCUAGCGAUAUCUUACCGUACAAAUCUUUCUGCCAUUAUUCGCGGGGGGAAACGUGCACACAGUCGCACUUCUCACACUGUAAUGACACAAACACAUGACCAGUGAUGCCAGAGCACUGAAAUCUAAAAUACGACUUCGAUCUAAAAAAGGUACGAUUUUACCAAAAGAAGUACAAUUUAAUUUUUUGUUACAAAAAAACAAUAUAAACAGCAGAAGUGUUUUAGAAACGGGUGAUUUUUUUAAACUGAUAAUCCACGAAAACUACAUUAAUACGCAAAAUAGUAAGGUACAAAAAUAUCAAAACAAAAAAGUCGCAAAUUUUUACGCAAAUAAAUCUUACUUUUUUGGUCUGUCACUAUUAUUUCUACGCCAUUUUAGCAUAUUUUUGAACCGCUCAUACGAAAAGUACGUAAAAUCGUACUAAAAUGUGCGGUUUAGCCAAAAAGUACGGUUUUGGGCGAGGUACGUUUUAAGUACGAAAAACUACGUAAAACUACUAUUCAAAAAGUACGUAAAAUCUGGCAACACUGCACAUGACACACUACACACAAAUCUUGCACACAUCGAUCUGUUUUUGUGUACGGACGAGUUACAACACGCACCGCCAUAGGUACAGUUGUACCUAUGCUUCGGCAGUGAAAUAGUACGAAUGCAGUCUCCCUUCCCGGUGUCACAGGGCGGAUACUCUAUAAAUCAAAAAUCACUUGCGUUUCGUGUGAACGGCACGUCUGUGCUCUCUGUACACGCGGCAUGCGUCAUUGUGUGAGUAAGUUGCUUAAAAAUAGCACUGAGAGUACGCCAGAAGUCCGCCAGAUUUCUGUCGCGGGGCGAGGUAAUUCGAGUCAGGGCGGGGCGGUGCGUGGCCGUUCUGUAUGAUAAUACUAUUACUUAUUCCGUGCCUGUGUUGCUCGAAGGGUAAAAACCUAUGCUGACGCCAUCUAUAAAAACUUGAUAGUUGACAACUGACGGACUGAUGAUCGGCAUUUUAUUUAUUUUAUUUUAAUUUAUUUUAUUUUAUUU